AUGACAAUCAAUUACAAUUUGGCCGUUUCAACAUCGAAACCAUGGACGUUAUUCAAAUUGCUACUGAAAUGGCGAGGCAGCAUAUGGAAGUCGGUCAUACUCGAACUGGCUGUAUGGCUUAUGUUCUACGGUAUUAUUAGUAUCAUCUACAGAACAGCGUUGUCAAGGGAACAACAAAGAACAUUCGAGCGGGUGGUUCAGUACUGUGAUGCACGACUAAAUUAUAUUCCUCUUAAUUUCAUGCUAGGUUUCUUCGUCACCGCUGUUGUGAACCGAUGGACAACCCUGUAUCAGAUCAUAGGUUUCAUCGAUAACAUAGGACUGAUGACGGCCGAAUAUGUGCGUGGAAGGGGCGAGUUGGCUCGAAUGUACCGCAGAAACAUUGUGCGCUAUUGUGAACUGGCACAAGUGUUGGUAUUCCGAGAUAUCAGUAUGAGAACAAGGAGACGAUUCCCUACAUUGGACACUGUCGUGGCUGCAGAAGAUGAUGUCGUCAUAUCCCCAGACAAGGCUAAGGAUGUUCGAAAAUCGUCGUCAUCGACGAAUCUGAAGUCCCCGCACGACUUCCAACAUCACAUUCUUGAUGAUGUGCUUGAAGAGAAUGAAGAAGAUAUGGUUCAAAAGACAAUACGAAAGAAGAGCACCGUUGAACAACUGGAGAAUCGGAAACCUACAGUGAACCAAGACAAGAAAGAUGACGCUAGCCAAGAAGUUGUCACUACGAUUGAUGAGGAGCAAGCGGGAACUGUUAAGAGCAGUGAAUUCUUUAUCGGGCACGAUGACAACCGCUAA